AUGAGGGGCAAGGGUACAAGCAUCUAGAUGCUGGUUUAGUCCAGGAUAAGCCUCCUUGACUGGUACCAUCGUAUAUUUUCUGGGAUUCUGUAGAGGACACAACGGUAUUUACUUCUUCGCCGCCCUCUUCCACAUCACAGGAAGUCCCAGUGAAUUUUCUGCUGCUCAUUAGCGCGAUGCCAUCAUCUGAUAUCAAUACAGUCGUCAUGGUCGAGAACCUGGCCAACCCCGGGCUUUAUGCCUUGAAGGGGGAGAAAGUGGGCUUUGAUGCCAGAGUCAACUCUGUCUGGAAGUCUGAAUUCCCGGGACAACUGAGCCUGGAACUCAGAGUCCAAGAAACCUUCCUUACAGCCAAUAUUGACUCUGAGGCCAUUGGGGAGGAGGCAUGGGAGAAGGCUCAGAAAUUGACCCCAGAGUCAAUUGUUCGCGUGACAGGCCAUGUCCAUCUGCUGAGUGACAAGUCUAAAUCCAAUGGCGACAACAGCUAUGCCAACGACCAUGUCAACGGCCACAAGAACGCAGUUUCAGGCACAGCCUAUGCAGUUCGGGUGACUGAGUUGACAGUAGUUGCACAGGCGUCCCCAAACCUGCCUUCAUGCCACCGAGAUGAUCUGUCCGCACUGGGUCUCGAGGGACGCCUGAACAACCGUAUUCUUGAUGUGCGAAGCGCCGCUAGUGGAGCCAUUUUCAAGCUUCACUCGGGCAUGUGCCAGCUUAUUGUUGAGUUCCUCUGUUCAAAUGGCUUUCACUGGACGCAUACGCCGCGCAUCAUCAGCGCCACCAUCGCGGGCGACAACGAGUACUUUCAUCUACCGUAUUUUGGCCGGGAUGCCUGGCUGGCUCAGAGCUCGCAGCACCACAAGCAGAUGGCUCUUUCGAUGGAUAUGGAGCGCGUGUUUGAGAUCGGACCCGUAUUUCGGGCCGAAGUGAAGUCUCGCACAUCUGCGAGGCAUAUGACUGAGUUCACCGUCCUGGACAUAGGGAUGGUCUUCCGGGACGACUACCACGAGGUUGUCGAGUUGAUCGAGUCGAUGCUCGUAUUUGUCUUCCGAGGCCUCCAGGAGCGCAAGCAAUAUCGGCAUCUCACGGAGAUCGUCCAAACAUUCUAUCCCUCUGCGAGGCCAUUCCAGAUUGGCCUGGACGAGCAUGGCAAAAUCCCCCGGGUCACGUUUCUGGAGGCCAAACGUAUCCUGCGGGAGGAGCUUGGCAUCGAAACGGAGGACACAAAGAACUUCACUGACGAAGAGGAAGCCGCUCUUGGCCGAUAUUUCCGCGCGUCUCCGCACCUGGGGCAGACGGACGUGUUCACCAUUGACCAGUAUCCUGCAUCCAUGCGCCAGUUCAACUCGCAGGAGAACCCGGAUGCGCCCGGGCUGUCCAACACGUGGGAUACGAUCGUAGGCGGCCGCGAGAUCUGCUCGGGCAGCCAGCGCAUCAACGGGUACGACGAGCUGUGCGAGGCCAUGCGCGCUGGGGUGUGUGGCCCGCCGCUGGACCCGGAGGCCGAGAAGUGGCAGUCCUACCUGACCGCCUUCAGGGCCGGCAUGCCGCCACAUGGAGGGUGUGGACUGGGGGUCAAUCGGCUCCUGCAAGGGUUCCUGGGCUUGGAUGAUGUGCGGGAAGUGACUUUGUUCCCUCGAGAUGUGAACCAGCUGGCCCCGUAGACGGUGGGUCGAGUUAUUCUCACUGCUCCCAAUGUCAGUCACGAAUAGUAUAUUUCCGCAGUUGUGCCUGAUUCGGUGGUGACUUGGAACAAUCUCAUUAUUGACAGAUCAAAU